UUUUGACAUGAACUAUGUGCUGGUAUGCGUUCGACCAGAUUCAGAGAUCGCUUUAGCGACACACGCCAAACAUGUUGUCUUCCGCGCUAGUGAAAGCUGAACGUAUCGCAACUCCUGUUGGUAGAAAAUAUGCGCCAUUUCAGGAAUUGAUCGCACGAACCCUUAAGUCUCAAACAGGGGAUGUAGACUUGCAGAGCGCAACAGCUGUGACGGGAAAAUACAAAACCAUCGAUGAUCUUCCGGGACCCAGUCUGGCCACAACCGCAUACUGGCUCUUCGUUAAAGGAUACGCUGAUAAAAGUCAUGCAAUGCAGGUGGAGCACAAGCGCCUGUAUGGUCCAAUCUGGCGCUCACGCUUUGGGCCGUUUGAUGUGGUAAAUGUGGCGACGGCAGAACUGCUUGCACAGGUGAUCCGACAGGAGGGACGACACCCAGUGCGUACUGAUCUGCCUCACUGGAAAGAAUACAGAGACAUGAGAGGACAAGCAUAUGGAAUUCAUGUAGACACAGGCCCUGAGUGGUAUCGUAUUCGUAGUGCCCUGAACCCUAAGAUGCUUAAACUGAAGGAAGUAACGGCAUACGCACCCAUCAUUCACGAGGUUGUGUCUGAUCUCCUACAGCGCGUGGAACUCCUGCGUCUGCGCAGUCAAGACCAGGCCACCGUCACUGACCUCGCCUCUGAGCUCUACAAAUUUGGCUUUGAGGGAAUCUCCUCUAUCCUGUUCGAAACAAGGCUGGGCUGUUUACAGGAGGAAAUUCCCACAGAAACUCUGCGGUUUAUAUCUGCCGUUAAUGACAUGUUGGCACUCUCGGAGACGGUUCUUUUUUUCCCUCGCUGGACCCGUCACAUCUUCCCGUUCUGGAAACGGUUUGUCCAGGCUUGGGAUGACUUGUAUGACGUAGCCCGACAUCUGAUUGAUAAAAAGGUGAAGCAGAUACAUGAUCAGGUUGAGCGUGGAGAGGAAGUGGAGGGCAUGUAUCUCACCUACCUGUUGUCCAGCGAUAAACUCAGCUUAGGAGAGGUGUACAUCAGCCUCACUGAACUUCUGCUGGGAGGCGUCGACACAACGUCUAACACACUAUCAUGGACCUUGUACCACCUUGCACGUGAUGCAGAGGCACAGAACCGCCUCUAUAACGAGAUCGCAUCUGUUUGUCCUAAUAAAGAGCAGCCGAACGCCGAACACCUGACCAGGAUGCCCUACAUGAAGGCUGUCAUCAAAGAAACUCUCAGAAUGUAUCCUGUUGUCCCUGGUAAUGGACGUCUGGCUGUGGAUUCGGAAGUAAUUGUGGAUAAUUAUUGGUUCCCUAAGAAGACACAGUUCCAUCUCUGUCAUUACGCCGUUAGUCACGAUGAGAAUAAUUUCCCAGAUCCGGAGCGUUUUGUUCCAGACCGCUGGUUGAGGGCCAGCCCGUCUCGCUCUCAGCACCACCCCUACAGUUCAGUUCCGUUCGGGGUUGGUGUGCGAGCCUGUGUGGGGAAGAGGGUAGCAGAGCUGGAGAUGUACUUUGCUCUGAGUAGACUGAUGCAACAUUAUGAGGUCCGGACGGAGGAGGGGUCCCCAUCGAUACAGCCCAAAACCCGAACACUGCUCAUUCCCUCCCAACCCAUCAACCUACAGUUCAUCCCUCGAGCCUGACACCAGCCAUCUCCCGUCAAUCUAUUUUUCUAAUCAAAAUGAGGACUUCUAAUUCAAAUCAUUUUGCCUUAAAUGCCCGAGGGCCCCUACCCACAAACCUGUUUCUGUGAAAUACCGUGUGAGGUCAUCUAGGGUAGAAGGUGGAAGUGGGUCAUCAUUCCAAAUAAAUAUCAACUGAGCUGAAAUAUCAUAAGAGAUAUUUACAGCUGAGAUGUUUGCAUCGUCUGGGUGAGGUCGCACUGUUAAAUAAGAAUUUGCGAACAAUCUAACAAGUCCAACGGAGCGCUAUGUGCACUGACUCUCUGCUUUCCCUUCAAACUCUUAAAGAGCAUCAGUAAUUUUGCCAGAGGAGAGAGAGAUGGAAACAAAGAUCUUCUGUUCAUGAACUGGUGCCUGGGGGCAAUGAUUCUGCAGGCCAGACUGAAAGCAAAUCACAGAAUUAACCAGAAAUGCUAAUUUAUGUAAAUAAAUCUGUUGCCGAAACCACCCA